UAUACAGUGGAAAAAAUAUAACAAACAAAAAUCAUGGACAGCAUUAAAGCUGAACUUGAAGAUAACGAGUUACCACGUAUAACGUAUGUAAUUGCGCUUAUAAAGUCUCUUUGAAAGUACGUGAUUUUUUUUUCUUCAAAAUUGUGUUCCGAUUUUAUGGCAAAUUUAUAAAAUGAGAAGGAAAAUAUUUGUGCCAGAUGAGUUAGUACGAUUUUUCACCUAUGGCCUUUUAUUAGGCACUUCGUUCGUUUACGCGGAUUUUGGUGGACGGUCGCCUUUUUCGUACAAUAAUGAUGACAUAAAAGAUCCAAAUCUCUCAUUCCCAAACCCUACACUAGACUCGGAUAAUAAAGACUUGGAGUCUAUUUAUAAUGACACAGCUCGAAUGCUUUAUAGCGCAACGGGAGAUGACGACUUUCCAAUUCAUCAAGUGUUCCCAUUACAAAAUCAAAAAAAUUACAGCACUUGGUUUUCGGAUCUUCUGAAUAACGCGGAUUCCACCAACUUUCCAGUAAUGUACAACUUCAGCAAGCUUUUCCCAGGGGUAAAUACUUCCAAAGAUGCUUAUUACAGGUUACCUGAUACAUUCAGGAUGUAUCCUAAUGAUAAAAAUUUCACCGUACUGAAUGCGAAAAUACCGCCGAAUAUGGGCCAAUUAAACUCGAGUAUUUUUCAAAAUGCUUUCAACGAAACUUCUUCCAGCGAAAACGAUCAAGAAAUUUACGUUAAUAUGCCUCCGAUUGAUUCGAUGUCUUUGAAUGCAACAGACAACUCGAAUUUACUAGGUCAAUUUUUCCAUACAAAUAUGACAGCUUCUGCUCGUUCAACGUCCGCGCCUUGGUACACAACGAGUGCCCCUUCUACACAAAACCAAUCUCUUUGGAUGCCUCCAACUGCAAUAUUGAAUAAGCCUGCGUCUAAUCCGAUGAAAUCCACGUCCACGAUGAACACAGCUGCCUCCACAGUGCCACCUCAUCUAAACGCGACCAAUUCUACUCCAACGGUUGAUGAUUUGUUGGCAAAGAGAAUAGCGCAAGACGAGACUAAAAACUCCUCUUCUUAUAUAGACAACAUGUUGUAUAAACUAGGACUGCAACGAAUUACGCUGAAUGGUAAUUCGAAAGAACCGAUGGACGUUUAUAAAUUGAACACCACCGAUCCUCCUGCAGGCAAUUUGAGUAAACCACAAAAUUACACGAUACCCGGGAAAACUUUCUAUUUUGAAGGAAAUGGCACUCAUCGGCCACCUUUGAAAUUCCCUCCAGCUCAUUACCCUCCUCUUCAACAAAAUGGAUCUUCAUCGAACGCUAGUGUUCCUUUGGCAAGCACGGGAGGAUUGUCCAUUCCAUAUAUUCCGGAUACGUCUUUGGCACCUGGUGGAACUGGACAGCAAGGUAAUCUAACAUACUAUGGAGAACCACUGAGUUCGGAAAUGAAUGGAACGGAUCCUCCGCCUAUUCCAAUAAAUAUUUCAUUUCAAGCUUCGGUCAAUGAUUCAGUAUCUGAUCAGUAUGGAGAAAUUGUGUACACGUCAGUGUAUUUCAUUUCAGGAUCUUCAACUCCACCUAAUCCGUAUCCCAACGAUCCAUAUGGCAAUGUGACAUAUUGGCCAGAAGGCAUCAAUGAAUUAACAAAUGAUGGCAAAAACGAACUUUUCAAGUUGGGAAAAUGGUUAAAAGAAAAAUACGCACCAGUGAUUGGUUCCAACUACAAUGGUAGUUUAAUCUCCAUCGAAAGUGGAGCAAGCGAUAUUGCCAUAACAAGUGCAGAAAUUUUAGCAGCUGGACUCUUCCCACCUCGUGGCCAAGACAUGUGGAAUCCAUUGAUUUUCUGGCAACCAACACCUGUGAGGUCCACUCCCGUAACCGAUGACAACACGAUCCUAAUGACGAAAAAUUGCGAACAAUAUAAUUUGCAAAUAAACGAGGUAAAUAAUUCUCCGUAUUGGACAGACUUUUAUGGAAAUAAUACCGAGACGAUAAACUACAUCAGUGAAUAUACUGGAACUAAUUUUAGUAAAACUGAUAUUCUGGAUACUCUACGAAAUAUUUUCUAUUACUACGAAGAUUUGAAGAUUGAAGAAGAGAAUAAACUUCCUUUACCAAAUUGGACAACGCCAGUAUACCCAGAUAAAAUGAUGAAUCUGGCUCAAGAAUACAUUGAAUAUGGUGUAGCAACCAGAGAUUUACAAAAACUAAAAACAGGGCCUUUCUUCAAAGCUAUAAUCGACAACAUGUCGGCUAAAAUUGACAGCACGAAAGCAGCAUCUUUUAAUUUUUCCGAAGCAAUGCAUCUGUAUUCUGGGGACGCUUUUGGAAUUGGGUUUAUAAUGAAAACGUUGGGAAUCUUCAAUUCAAUCGUGCCACCCAAUGCCUCUGCUCUUAUAUUCGAUUUACGAUAUAAAAAUCCCGAAUUCGUCAUCACCGUAUCUUACAAAAAUAGCUCAUCAGAUACUCUUUACCUAUUAACUAUUCCUCAUUGCGGUCCAAUUUGCAACUUCAAUCAGUUCAUCAACAUCACGAACGAUCUCAUGCUGGAAGAUUGGGAUAGUUAUUGCGAAACUGUAUCAAUAUUUGAUUUAACUUAUACAAUUCCGAUUGUAAUAUUUGGUCUUGCCAUCAUUUUCAUCUUGGCUCUAGUGAUUAUUUUACUGGUGGUAAAAUGCUGCAAGAACUUACGAAAAAAGAAAGCUUCAUUUGGUUAAAUUAUCAAAUAUAUCCGCGUAGUAUGUAAAUUUUCCAGAGAUCGUUCAGAUGUGUUGAGAUCGUUGAAAGUGAAGCAUUGAGACGAAGAGAUGAAGAAUAAAUCGACUUCUUUUGUAUUCAUAUUUCUCAAAUAGGUAUAUUAAAACAUAGAUUAGGUUACUUUUUUACUAUUAUUUUAAAUUAUUUAUUUAUUAUCUAAAAAAAAAAAAAAAAAAAAAAAAAAAAAAAACAGGGAAAA